AUGAAUUAGGAGAAAACAGUUGAAGAACCAUUAUUAAGUUAAGCCAAGAUGAAUGAAUAUAAAGAGAGAGAAUUUAGAGAAUACUUAGUAAAUCAAGAUAUUACUUUAGCCAUUGUUAAAUGUGUGUUAUAUUUUACUAAUAAAAUAUAGUUUUACUUGCUUUAAGAAAUGCACCAAAUAAACCUGAUUCUCCAAGUUAAGCACUUAUUGAUUAUUUCAGUGUACAUAAAGAUACAAAAGCACAUGAAGAAUUUGAGAAAUUAAAAUUAGAUGUUGAAUAAUUAGAAUAAGGUUAAUGAUCAUUAUUAUUAAUGUAGAGAAUAAUCAAUUAAUAAAAGAAAUAGAUACUAUUAAAGAAUAAAUUGUUUAAUAGAAAUUAGAAAAAUAACGUAAAGAAGAAGAGGAAAGAAUACGUUAAGAAGAAGAAGCAAAAAAGAAUACAAAGAAACCUGCUAAAAAAUGA